CGCCGUCGUGUGGAUACUUCAUGAACUCACCACCCGCGUAAGUUCGAACUGCUUGUUUUGGCGAAGCUAGUAAAAAUGGCGACCAGGGAAAAGCCGUUAAAACACCGACAGAAAAGUUUGAAUUGCACGUUUGAAACAUCCAGUAUAGACUCCACCGCUGUCGAAGAAAAGUUGUUUGGCCAAGAGGGUGAGGUGGACGAAGACGGCGACGACGGACCUGUGGUCUUCAUCUGCGGAAAGUGCAAGUUGCCUGUUGGGGACUCACUGUCCUGGGAUGGAAGUGAAGACGGCCAAAACCAAAUAAGAUUGAAGCGGGUCACUGACAACGUUUUGGUUGGAAAAGACAAUCGCAUGUAUGAAGUCAGCAAACGAUCUUUCUGUCUGAUCGUGGAUCUUUUGUGUCGAGGCUGCCACUCUGUGCUAGGAAUGGUUUACGCAUCCACGCCCAAGACCCUGGACCACAAGAGAUUUACAUUCUGUUUGAAUGUAGCAGACAUUGACAGCUAUGUGCUUGGCUCUGCAAGCCAGAUGUUGGCAGCAGAGGGCCCCAAAGAGCAGCCAGUCACACUGGAGUACAGAGGCAUUGUUGAACAACAGCUGACAGAGAUGAAAAUGCUGGUCAUGUCCAUGGCACUCAGACUGGAGGAGAUUGAAGCUGGCCUUCAGGAGGGAUGUGAUGAGGCAUGACAGUGAUGGACGUCAACCUGUCUGGGUGGGUGCUUUGUCCAGGUGUUGAACGUGAGGAUUUAAUAUCCUCACUCCUCACAGCUACCUUUUCAUUAACGCUUCCUCCUCGAAGUUUCAUCUCAACCACACUCCCUCUGUAAUAUAUUUUGUCCUAGCCUCACCUUGUGCACAGACAUCUAUGUGAACCCACACACACACCUUCCACGCCGCUUUGUCCUCAUUACCGAUGGUGAAACAAAGAGUGGCUGCACUUGUAAUCAAUCAUGUUGUCAGCCUGGCUCCUGUGGCUCGUGGCACCGUCUUCUCUGUAUGCCUCAGUGCAGAGUGAACGUCUGCUAUGAGCAGAAUGUUUAUUUGUGCAGGAUUUCAUCAGGCGGGCUGCACACUCAGCACAAUGCCAUAUUGAUCGGGCCACUCGGGGCCAUACACACACGCACGCGCACACACACACACACACACACUCAUAAACACUUUUUUCUUUGUUCCCUUCCUCUGUGCAUGGAGCCUUGAAGGAUUGCUGGAUAUGCCUUUCACUGCAAUGUUGAGGCUAGAAGAGAACAACAGUUGAGGAAUUUGUUUGUCUGACCAUUAAAAGAGACACACAUUUAAACAUUUUCUGCAUCUCAGAUAAGUUAUUGGAUAAUUUGUCAUUUAAGAAUUAUCAAAAGGCUGUUCUUUUUCCCCCAAACAGUAACAGAUUUUUCCAGUGAGUUGCAUCCAUUAAUUUGUUAUUACAUGGACUCAUUAUUUCUUUGUUUAUAUUUGUUUUGUCUGUUCGCAGUUGUACAAGCUUGUUUUUCCUUAAUUAUUUCUGUGUAAUAAAGUGUUCAACAAACACAAAGAAAGUA